AUGUUUACAGUUGCUACUAAUAUGUUUGCCUUGGGCAACGCAAUGACAAAGUUCAAUGGGCUAAACUAUGCUGAUUGGUCUGAAAAGAUUCAGUUUCAACUGGGUGUUAUGAACUUGGAUAUGGCAUUGAUAAUAGACGAGAAGCCCGCAACCAUUACGGAGGACAAUACGGAAGAGGGAAAAGCUCCUCUAAAGGUUAUUGAGGGCGGAGUCCAAAAGGAAAAGAAAUGUUAUUUCUGUAAGGAGAGCGGACACUUCAAAAAGGAUUGUCCUAAAAGGAAGAUGUGGUUCGAAAAGAAAGGGAUUCCUUUCGAUCCAAACCAUAAAAGGAAGUGAAAAGUUUCUUUAAA